AUGUCCAAGGACAUGAUUUUCGACAUUUAUAAGCUACUCGAUGAGGAAGGAAUGCAGGGACCCGCAAUCGACCUUAGAGCAGCACCAAGAGCCUAUAGUUGGUUCCCUAGCAAACACCCGAUGAAUUUGGACCCCACUGACGAGGAAGAAGUAAGUUCAGAGAUUGCUCGAAUGCCUGAUAUAUAUAGCGGAGCAGUGAUCACAAUUGCCGCUUCAACUGCAGCAUCUGCAGAUGAUGGGUUUCUCAAAAAUCGGAAUUGUGGUUCAAACAUACACAUGCAGGUGCAAGUGGAGUGUUAUGACAGAGAUAUUCGAAGAAUGGGCAUCCUAAAGUUUGCGGAAAACCAGAGAGAAGAAGAGCAGUUACCUCUCAACAAACGUUCAUGGGCGCUUCAAGAGCAUAGACUCUCAACCCGGAUACUUGAAUAUAACACCCGUCAGCUUAGCUUUAUAUGUGCUGCAUCAAAUAGGACGUCAAGUAGUGGUUAUACUUACACGGAUGUUUGGACAAAAAGCAUGUAUUUCUCGAGCAUUCUUGAAGCCGUCACCCUGCCCUUACUUUCACACGAGCUUGUAUCUACCGACGGGCGUUGUUGGGACACAAUUGUCAGAACCUACAGCAAUCGAGAGCUCACGCACCCGAAAGACAGAGUGCUGGCAACAUCUGGAAUUGCAACUAAGCUCCAAAAGUACCGUAGCAAGGAAACGUAUAUUGCGGGCCAUUGGCUAGGGGGAACCUCGUAUGAUCUACUGUGGUUUGCUGGCGGCAAAGAGCUCGAUCGAGGAUACAAUGCAACGCACUCAGAUACAAAUUGGCUCGGCCCGUCGUGGGCAUGGACGAGAAUGAGCGGAACAGUAAGAUGCGCCGCACGCGGGACCGUGACUUCGUACGAAACAGAACAAGAGGAGUUGACACAAUCGCAGCGUAUACGGGAAAUGAAGAUAGUGCAUCGGACGCUCGUCAACAUGACUGCACCUUAUGAUGGAGUUCAUGAAGCGGUGCUAGGAGGCAAAACCUUGGCUCGCCGUUAUCGCGUGAAGAAGAAUUCUGCGCAGGAGGAGUACCUGAUGGACACGAAAAUUCCUUACCAUGAACAUGGCAUCAUGGCCAUCCAGCUGGACAAUUCGGAGCAACACAGCGACAAAGCGCUACUCGCCUCGCCAGUGCUGGUUAUAAUUGCCCGUUUCCAUCCAGAUUUUGUAGAUUUUAUAUCAGAGGGCGUCGGUUGCGGGGCCCAUGGACUCAUACUAGUAGAAGUUCCUAGAAGCAACAGGGAUGAAACGCCUAGGUUUGAACGUCACGGAUUUUUUCACGCUUAUUAA